AUGUUUAUAUUCUCAAGGGGUUUCACCCUCUUCAUUGCUCUUUUAUCUUCUCUACUUCUUACAGCCCAAUCGUGCCAAUUCCAUGGCCAUGGCCUCAAUCUCUCAAGCAUUGACUAUCCGUCCAUGAUAGCUGACAACGUUGCCACGCGCUCCCUUCGCCGCCGCGAGAUCUCCUCCACGCGCGUAACCCUGCACAAUGUGCGUGUUUUUGACGGCUCCACUCUGCUAUCUCCCAGCACUGUUGUCAUCGACCGUGGAUUCAUUGGCCGUCCUUGCACUGCCUGCGAAGCUUGCCCACCUACCGAGAGCUACGACGCUAAGGGCAUGACGCUGCUUCCCGGCCUUAUAGACUCCCAUGCACACCCGGCCAACGUUUCAAGCUUGGUCAACAUGACCCGAUUCGGUAUCACCACCGCCGUCAAUGCUUUCUGUCCUGUACCCGAAUUCUGCACCUCACUGACCAAUCACACCGGACUGACAUCCCUUAUCAUGGCAUCGUUCUUUGCCACCUCGCCCGGCAGUGAACACGCCAAGAUGGUUGGCCCUAGCUUCGAUAAUCUCCUAAUCGAUAACACCACAGAGGUGCCCUCCUUUGUCGCUAGACAAAUAGCACAGGGCGCGGACUUCAUUAAGGUCAUCGGGAGCGCGCCACUACCUGGGUUGAGUCAAGACGAACAGAUUGAUUUGGUCAUAACAUCACACAAGGGAGGAAAACAGGUCGUGCUACACACUUCGAGCUACGCUUCUUAUGAACAGGGCCUCAUAGCCGGUGUCGAUCAGAUCCACCACUCAACACUCGACUUCCCUGUUGAUGACCGGCUUCUCAAGAUGUUCAAGGCUAGAGAUAUCGUCGUAUGCCCGACGCUGACAAUGAUGCGCGCCAUAGUCCAACAGGACCCUUCGAUGAACGGUUCGUUCUCGUCGGCGGCAGAAACAGUAACGCGAUUGCAUAAGGCGCGGGUUCCGAUAAUUGUCGGCACGGACGCGAACCUGCAGCCGACGAUGCCGGCGAUGGUCAUGUACGGAAGCAGCCUACAUGACGAACUGGAAAAUCUCGUCGCCGCCGGGCUUACCCCCGUCGAGGCUUUAAACGCGGCAACGGUCUUACCGGCUAAGUACUUUCGACUAGCUGAUCGAGGUUCCAUCAAAGAAGGAAUGCGAGCAGAUUUACUCCUCGUUGAUGGUGACCCAACCACUGAUAUUGCGGUAACAAGAAAGAUUGUUAAGGUCUGGGUUGGCGGUAUUGAAUUUGACGAAUAA